AUGCUCUUCAUGAAAGCAAUUCUCGUACUUCUUUUGAUUCUAAGUACAGGUCAAGCAACUAUGAUGGGUCAUAACCGUCAUCGUCACCACUCUUUUCUUACAGACAAGGCUGCUCUUCUGGCAUUCAAAAGCAUCAUAAAAUUUUAUCCGAAUUGUACGGUAACUGGCUGGGGGGAAGAUGUUGAUGUAUGCAGCUUCAGAGGUGUCAGCUGCAACAAACACCGUUUACGUGUAGUUCAACAUAUUCUACCAGAUUGUGGACUAUCGGGACCCCUCUCACCCUUUCUUUCAAAUCUCACUGGCCUUCGAGUCCUAGAGCUCUAUAACAAUUAUUUUUCUGGAGUCAUUCCACCUGAAUUUUCGCAUCUCAGACACCUCGUUUAUCCCCAGCUAGAUGAGAACAACUUACAGGGUCCAAUACCAGAGUCCUUUGCUCUACCUUCUAAACUCCGUAUGGUAACUCUUUCAUCUAACAAUUUGACAGAAGCACUUCCACCUUCCUUGUUCCGCAACUGCACUUCACAGACUGUAGACCUGUCCGACAACUUUUUCACGGGAAAAAUUCCACAAGAAUUAGGAAAUAGUCCACAUCUAUGGUCCCUCAAUUUAUACAACAAUCAGUUUGUAGGGCAGCUUCCUCCAUCUUUGGUAAAUACUUCAAUGUAUAAUUUGGAUGUGGAGACAAAUAAUCUUUCUGGUGAGUUGCUAGAUAUCUUGGGGAAGCUGCCUUCACUUGAAUAUCUCCAAUUAUCAUAUAACAACAUGAUAAGUCAUGACAACAACAGCAAUCUCGACCCCAUCUUCACCGCCCUGGAAAAUUGCACAAGCUUAGCUGAGCUUCAGUUGGUUAGCAUGGGCCUCGGAGGAAGAUUGCCCAGUUCAAUCAGCCAACUUAAUAUAGCGACAAUGUUGCUGCAAGAAAACAGAAUCACUGGAUCAAUUCCUCCGAAUAUAGCAAAUCUUACCAAUCUAAUGUCAUUAAAUUUGUCUUCUAAUCUUCUCAAUGGAGAAAUUCCGGCAGAGAUUAGUUGGUUGUCGAAAUUGGAGCAGCUUUUCUUAUCACACAACCUAUUCUCCAGUGAAAUUCCAGCAGCAAUUGGUCAACUUCCUCAUCUGGGUUUGCUUGAUCUAUCAUACAAUAAUUUCAGUGGUCCUAUACCGGAAAGUCUCGGAAAUUUAGUUCAGUUGAAUUAUCUCCUUCUCAACAACAAUUUGCUUUCAGGAUCAAUACCGCGAACUUUAGGACAGUGCAUAGAUCUGUACAAGCUAGACUUAUCCUACAACAGGUUGACUGAGAGACUUCCCCCAGAAAUUUCGGCUAUUCUUGCUAUCAGAAUAGUUAUAAACCUGUCACAUAAUCAUCUUGAGGGGCCAUUGCCAAUUGAGUUUAGCAAACUGGAAAAUGUUCUAGAGAUGGACCUUUCAUCAAACAAAUUCACUGGAAAUAUCUUAACUCGGAUAUCAAGCUGCAUUGCAUUGACGUUGUUAAAUCUAUCUCACAAUGCUCUUGAGGGAAACCUUCCAGAUUCUCUGGGUGAUCUGAAGAACCUGGUAUCACUCGAUGUUUCAGAAAACUACUUAUCCGGUAUGAUCCCAACAAGCCUCAGCAAAAUGUAUACCCUUACCUUCAUCAAUCUUUCUUUCAACCAGUUUGAAGGUAUGAUUCCCUCUGGAGGCAUUUUUGAUUCAGUAACAAAUAUGUCGUUCUUAGGGAAUGAAGGUCUCUGUGGGGCAGUUCUCAACGUGCCCAUUUGCUCUCCAAAACGACAUGGACUCCAUUCACCUAUAUUCCUGAUCCUAUUCAUCCCAGUCAUAUGCAUAUCAGCAUUGUUAUCAGCAACAUUUUGUGUGCUUAGGCUCCGCGGCAUCAAAGUUAUAACUCCCUUGGCAAAAUCUGAAACGACAAGGAAGCAUACAACACUAGAAUUAAAGCAAAAUUUUCGAAGAAUUACAUACAGACAAUUGUCACAGGCCACUGCAGGGUUUGAUGCGCAGACAAUAAUUUGUACAGGUAGCUAUGGACGUGUAUACAAGGGAAUUCUUUCAGAUUGAACAGCAAUAGCAGUCAAGGUGUUCCAUUAGCAAUCUGGAAACUCUGUGAAGAGUUUUGAUAGAGAAUGUCAAGUUUUGAAAAGGACUCGGCAUAGGAAUCUGAUAAGGAUUAUAACUGCAUGUAGUCAACCUGAUUUUAAGGCACUUAUUCUUCCUUACAUGGCAAAUGGGAGCCUGGAUAGCCGUCUUUAUCCACUUCCUGGGACAGUUUUGGGUUCCAACUCCUCAGAUUUGACUCUCAUCGAGAUGGUGAAUAUUUGUAGCGACAUAGCUGAAGGGAUGGCCUAUCUGCAUCAUUAUUCUCCUGUUAGAGUCAUACACUGCGAUUUAAAGCCAAGCAAUGUUCUUCUCAACGAUGAAAUGACCGCUGUGGUUUCUGAUUUUGGGAUUGCAAGGUUGGUUAUGCCAGUUGGAGCGGACAAUACAGGGGAUGUUGAUAACAUCGGAAUCUCUACUGCUAAUAUGUUAUGUGGUUCUAUUGGAUAUGUAGCACCAGGUAUAGACAUUUGCUAUGCUCCUACCAUUUUGCUAAAAGCAUUUCUUUGGAGUUCUAGUCCUGGAGAACUGACUGAAUUGGGUAUUCUAUGCACACUGGAGUCCCCCUCUGCUAGGCCUACAAUGCUAGACGCUGCUAACAACUUGGAUCGCCUCAAGAGAUGCCUAAGUGAUAACACAGCUUCCUCCUCUUCCAGGAUUUCUUCUUCCACUCCACACGGUGACUAA